CGCUGAAGUCACAUAAAUCUCGAAUCAUAUUGAGCGAACUCUGUGAUCGUAUUUCCUGAGCUUUAUGAUUGUUUUUUUAUUAUUUACAAGUGUUUAAAAAACUCGGAAAAGCGAGAAAAUUCAUAUUUUUUCAGAAAUAUUUACAGAAAUAUUUACAGAAAUUUAUAUCUCAUUUUUCGCCAUUUCGUAUUCUUUAAUAUUUGAUAUCAAAGUAAUGAAGUAACGUGAAAUUAAACGCCGAUAAAUUUUAGAUUAAAUGCGAAUGUGCGAAUAUUAUUUAGAAGAUCAUGAAUCUUUUACCUAAAACUCAUGAGGAAUUUAGUCAACCAGAAUAUUGGAAUACAUUUUUCAAAAAACGUGGCAAGAAAAGCUUCGAGUGGUAUGGAGAAUAUUCUGAAUUAUGUGAUAUUUUGAUUAAAUAUAUCAAAAUAAAAGAUGAUGUAUUAGUCGUUGGAUGUGGUAAUUCCACUCUCAGUAUGUCGCUUUACGAUGUCGGAUAUCGAAAUAUUAUUAAUAUAGAUGUGUCAGAGGUUGUUAUUAAACAAAUGCAAAACAUUAAUAAGAAUGAUAAGCCAGAUUUAAUAUAUGAACAAAUGGAUGCUACGCAAAUGACAUAUCCAAAUGAAAAAUUUAGCGUUAUAUUGGAUAAAGGUACUUUAGAUGCUUUAAUGCCAAAUGUAAAGCAAGAUACAAUAUCUAUAAUUGAUAAGUAUUUUAAGGAAAUCAUACGUGUCUUACGUAAUGGUGGAAGAUACAUUUGUAUUAGUUUGCUUCAAGAACAUAUUCUAAGGAAAAUUUUGUCAUAUUUCACUGCUAAUAAUUUCAUGAUACGUGUGACACGAUGUCAUAAAACCGAAGAAAAAGCUAAACAAGAGGAAGGAAGUUCUAUCCCAGUAUUUGUUGUUGUAGCAACCAAAUUUAUAAAAUUAACAGAGUCGAUUCUUGAAAUCGCAUUAACUAAUGGAAAACCUGAAAGAGUAUCCUCCACAGAUACUGUAAUAUCUGCAGUAUUAUCGGUUCAACAAUCAGCCUUAAUAUGUAAUUGCCUUGAUAAAAGAAGUAUAUCUGAUAUAGGAGAAAUUUGUUUAGAUUUACAUAGAGUGGGUGAUAAACAUCCUCGAUAUACAGUUUAUGUACUUGACCAACCUCGUGCUAAAGGAGCAAAAUCAUAUGCUGCGUUUAUAGUACCACAAGGAAAGGAAACAGAUUGGUUGUUUAGUACCAAAGAAGGAAGGCAACAGGUAUUGCAGAGUACACGACGGGAUAGACUUACUAUCGUUACUCUUCGACGAGAACAUAAAUUUGAAAGUUGGGAUGCUGUAAAAACUGAACUUGGAGAUUGUGUACGCAAUUUAGCUCCAUCAGCUUUACCCGAUAAAAGUGACAUUCCUUAUCUAUCUUUAGAUACAGACAUAGGUGCUCGCACAAUUUGUUUUGAAGGUGAAAGCAAAAUUAGUGGUUCUUUCGUCGUUGAAGAAACCGAAGAGGAUGAACAUACACUGCGAAGACUCAUUUUUUUAAAUAAUCCAUACGUGAUACAGAGCGAAGCACGUUUAAAAGAAGUAAAGUCCAGACGAGGUAAAAAAAAGAAAGUAAUAGAUAAUGGAUUUUUGGCUUGCAAACAUCACGUAUAUAUGAGCAUAGGUGUUUCUAUGAUAUUAGAUUCUACAAAUUCUAAUGAAAUCAUGAUCAUAGGUCUUGGUGGUGGAGGCUUGUGUACAUUUCUAUAUCAUUGUUUUUCAAAUUUAAAAAUCACAACUGUUGAGAUCGACGAGGCUAUUCUUAAAGUGGCAGUUGAACAUUUUGGCCUUACUUUAGACAAUAGAAUGCAAGUACAAAUCGCAGAUGGUAUAGAAUUCAUAAAAAAUUCUGCUUCCGAAGGUAAGAAGUACUCGGCUAUCCUUUUUGAUGUUGAUAGCAAGGAUACCACCGUUGGAAUGAGCUGUCCGCCUAAACAAUUUCUCGAAAUAGAUUUAUUAAAAAUGAUAGCCUCCUGUUUAACAGAGAAUGGUCUAUUUAUUUUGAAUUUAGUUAGCAGAGACAGUACUCUUAAACAAAAAGCUAAAGACGAUUUAAAAUCAAUAUUUGUAUCUGUGGUAUCUUAUACUCUUCAAGAUUAUGUAAAUGACGUGAUCAUGUGUUCCAUAAAUACUCAGGAAUCAAAGGAAUGGAAAAAUAAAAUAAAAAAGGCUGUUGUGAAUUUGAACGAACAGGCGAUUAAAAGGAAAGUGUUCGCCUCGUCGGAUGCUUUUGAUGUAUCGUCGCUUGUUAAAAAUUUAUCGAUAGAAUCUUAAUACUUAAUAGAGUUUGAUCAAAUAUAUCAAAUAAGUGAAUCGUCUCCCGUUGUACAUUAUUAUCAAAAAUGUACAAAACUUUUUGUAAAUAAAUUAUAUGAUACCUUCUGCUAUUACGUAUAUUACGUAUUUAAACAUAAAUGAUUGUAAUAAUAAUUGUUAUAUUAGCAUUGGCAAAA